AUUAAUUAGUUAGUGGCGGGGAUCCAGCGUGGAAGUGUGUGCUCUGUUGUCUUUUUGGUUUAGUAGUUUGAUUCCUUAUGGCUACGGAUGACUCUCUGGUCUGUAACUUUAAGAAAUGUCGAAAAAGACUCACCAACUUCUGCUGGGUCACCUCUUGCUCUCAUGUGUUCUGUGAUGAAGAUGCCGAGAGAGAGUUCAGUAGGGGCCGUAUCUGCCCUGCUUGUGAGACCCAGCUUCCUGGAAACCAUGAUAUCACUAGAGUUGAUCUCCAACCACCAGAAGAAUAUAAAUCAAUGGUUCUUGCUGGUUUGAGGCCUGAAAUAAUAAUGGAGAUUGCUGCAAGAGGCCUCUCUUUCUGGUCCUAUCAGUCACAUCAAGAGAAGUUAUAUCAUGAGUAUUGCUCCUCAAAAGCGAAGGAGAAGUUACAGCAGAAUGAGAGCUACUACGAGCAGAUGAUGUCACGGACUCAAGCUGAGCUCACUGCUGUGAAGGCUCAAGCUGAAGCACUUCGUAAAGAAUUGGAUGCUACUAAAUUGAAAUACAACGAGUCGUCUGAGAAGCUAAUGGAUAAAGGACGUCAGUACCAGAAACUACAAACACUCUAUGACUCACUGAGGAGACGGACAUUGACACUUAAUAAAUUUGACGAAACAGAUUACACUCGUCUCCCACUCUCUCCUCAUCAUUUCCUCCGUCCACCUCAACCUCCUCCGAUAACAAAGCCAACUUCUGACACUGGACCAUCUACCACUUUUAAUAUUCCAAUACUACCACAUGCUGGAGGGCCAGGCCUGCCUACUAAUAAAGGUACUGCUGUAGGCCCAGUCUCCAGUACCGCUAAUCCCUUACAGGUUGAUCCUAAUUUUGCUGCUGCUGUCUUUAAUGCUGGAGCCAUCCAGCAUUCAAAUGCCACUAGACCAGAGCCUCUAAUGAUGAACAUGUACCCUCCUCAUCCUCCUCCUCCUAAUGAUGGUGGACUCUUCUAGGAGUAAUUGACUUUACAAAUGUACCUGCUUCUGGAAAUCUAUUGUAUAAUACACUAUUAUGAGCUUGUCUUAUAAGAAUGGACCUAUGAUUAUAAUUAUCACAUUGUUUUAAUUCAUCUAUUAUUAUG